UUUUUUUUUUUCUAAAUCGCGACUAUACGCUAUCCUAACGCAAUUACGAACGUAACCGCCAUUCGUGCUUUCAGCGACACUUACACACGCACACCGCACAGUCUAGCUGACAAGAAGGCGACUUCUGCUCAAUGGACGUGAUACUCGAGACCGUCAAACGUGAGAUCACGCUCGACUGCACGCGGGGCUCAUCGCUCGAUCGCGUGUGGUCGUUUAUGGCCGAGGACAGCGGGGUGCCGGCCGACAACAUGGUAUAUCUGUGGCCGUAUAUCAGCAGCCUGGACGGGCUGACAUUCAUCAACGGCCAGAGCGAGCACAUCUUCGACCCCGCCGACGACGAGAAGCGCAAGGAGUUCCAGGCACUGACCUUCGCCCAGGUCGCAUCGCAUGAUGCCGAGAUCAACCGCGAGCUGCUUGGGCGCCCGGAGGGAGUUCCGAGGGUGAUGAAUUCGCCCAAAUCGUUCAAGGUCCUGGAGCUGAUAACAGUGAGCACGGAGCUCGGACUGGAUCCGCGGUCGUCGUUCCACUUCAUCAAGGUGCUGGAAGCGGAGGGCAUGGAAGGGCUGAACACCAACCUGAUCAUCCUUCGUCGCAAUCUGCCGGCCCCAAAGAAAGAAAGCAAAACUAGGAACCAUAUCACGAUUGUCGACGGGGUCCCAGUGAAGAAGAAGCUGCCGAAUCCUGGCUACGAACGGGCGCCGGAGGAAAUGGUCUCUAACCUUGUCCGAUUCAAGCUGCGCAACCGCAUCUCCGAUAUACUGGAGCAGAGCGAGAGCGGAUCCAUGGCUGUCGGGCUGGACUUUUACGACAGGCGGCACCGCAAAUACUUCCACCGACGCGUGCGCAUGCGGGAAAUAAAAAACGCCGAGUACGAGAUUCCCGACGAGCACCUCCCUCGCAUCCCGACGACAGACGGAGGCAAGGAGGAUAUCGAUGCCGAGAUGAAGGAGCGCGCCCGCAUCAAGGCAGCCAAGGCAAAGCGAAUGACUCUGAUUCGGCAGAAGAAGGCGCGGCGGAUGGGCUUGGAGCUCCGUCGCUGCGUGCGAUUCAUCAAGCCUGUCGGCGUGCCGUUGAAGCGGAGGCGCGAGCACGAUAGGGCGGGCAGCACAGCAGUGCCAGCUGACGGACAUACCAGCCAAGAUGAAGACGAGAAUGACGACGAGGAUGAAGACGAGGAUGCGGCGCUGGCAAACGACGACGACGAUGACGACGACGAGAUGGCUGGCAUUGAGGCGGUCAAGGAGCACGCGGAUAUCAAGCACCUGCUGUCGAUGCCGCAAGUGAGAAUGGGUAUGCUGAGCGGGAUGUCGCUCGAGAGCCAAGUGUUCCGGCUUGGCACAGUGGCCAAGGCAGUGCAGUUCAUUCUUCGGGAACACAACUACAAGACCUUGGUGCGCGUGUUUGACCGGCUGGUCAAGUCGCCUAUUGUCCUCGGCGAUGGAUCGCUUCCGGGAACAUAUGCGGUAGCUGGCAGCGCCAACGCCCCGACACAGAUCCCAAAGACAGAGAUGCUGAUUACCAGUGUCGACGAGUUCCUGGGCCGUGAGCACCGGAAGCGCUACUUUGCCAACCCAGCGGCAACCAGCCUGAUCUCGCAGCUCCUGGUUGAUCUGGGGACCGAGGAUAAUGGCGCGCGACCGCAAUCAUUGGUAUCUGCAUCUGCAACAACCAGCACAGCUGGAAAGGAUAUGGCCAAAGGCAAAGACAGGGAGGCUGAUGUAGAAGUCAUGCCUGAAGAGCAAAUUGAAGCCCCGACCACAAACGCUGACAGCCAGGUGUCUGCUAGCAAGGAUCCAGUGGCACCAGCUCACUCUGGCUUGCAUCUGUCAAUGCCAGACCUUGUGAGGAUAGCUGAAACGGAGUCCAAGUCCGUCAACGCGAUUCUUCGACAGGAGUGUCUCAUGGUGAUGCUCAGGGACAAGGGAAUCGUGUGCUGCACGAAAUCCACCAUUAAGGCGUGCCAGAACCGUGCGUCCCUGUACGUGCGCGAGCGCGAGGCGGCUGGAGAGAUCACCUCGUCGGUUGCUGCAUCCAUGGUCAAUUACAAGAUGGACAAGCGCACGUUCCUGCGGACCAUCACGACGCUGGCGUCCGAGCAGCGAGUGCACCACAGGGCUGUGGCUGCCAAUCCGAACAAGAGCCGCAAUCUGCCGAUGCUGUCGCACCUAGCAAUUGCCUGGGAGAUCGAUCCGAACGGGGAGCGUGUCGACGCGUUUAUUGAGGCCUUGAAGGACAGUAUGAUCAUCAACAGCGCUGGCUUGAAGCUGCGUCUGCCGCCACUGGUCGAAAACUCGGCGCUUGUGCAGCGCACGACCGGCUCAAAGGAGCGCGACCGCCGGUACAUCGACGCCAAGCUAGGUGUGGCCAGGUUCCGCAGCACCGUCGCCACCACUCGUCGCAAGCGGUUCAAGCGUCUGGCAGCAGAGGUCGAGUCGGGUGUUGCUUAUGACUCCAGGGAUGACGGCGAUGACGAGCCGCUCUACAAGCGCGCAAAGAGAGAGAACAUGCGGGCUGGCCGGACAGGCAAGGACCCAGCGUGGGAGGAGGUCAAGCAGGAGAUGGAGUACCUGGGCGGCGCUAUGGUCCGGCUCCAGACACUUCACCAGUUCCUCAUCAAGGAGCUGCCUCGCAGCAUCGACAACAUCCGCGUCUAUCCCAACUACAUCUUCCGCAUACCGUAUCUGCUGUAUGCCCUGCCACUUCGCCUGCAUAUCCAGCUGUGCAAAGGCGCGUGGUAUACGCAUGCUGCAAUUCGCUAUGUGCGCUACGGCAUCGAAACCGAGGAGCAGAGGGAGACACGCCUGUCUGCCGCUGAUGAAGACGAAGACGAACUGAUGGCGAGGCGACUGAACACGCCGAUCGGCAAGCUGCCCCAGGAUCUGAUCGCUAUGAUCAUGAGCAAGGUCAACCGGUCGCGUGUUCUGAUGUACAUCCUGCAGCUGCCCGACCUGACAAGCGACCGAGAGCCAGCCGACGCUAAGGAUAACCAGAGCACGAUUGGGUACCAGCUGAUUGGCAAGGCCCGCGUGCUCAACCGCAAGGGCUACAGGUGCGCCCCUGUGUCACAGGAUCUGUCUGUAAACUACCUCAACGACAACGUGCACAACUACUGGGAUGAGCUGCAGACUUCGUCGCACGUAUCCCAUCCGCUGUUCAGGAUCAACUCGCUGCUGAAUCGGUCGCAGAUCGAAACGCUGGACAGGGUGCCGCCCAUGGCAGCCAAGGAGGCCUGUGUCUCGCUGCCAGAAGCGCGCAUAUUCAGGCGCAACAUCCACAUCAAACAUCGGAAGAAUUUCGAGGAGAGCCUGAAGAAGGACGCGUCAACCAUCAACAUGGCCAAGGGAACGCCGCCCCCACCGCUCAAUGACCUGACACCGCCGCGUCGCCGCUGGUCGGCCGAGGACCAGCACCUGCUUAUCCUUACGUUCGUUGUGAUGCCUGUGCUGCUGAUGCCUGCACUCAAGGUGUUCCCCGACCGCUUUGAUUGGGGCAACAUGAUGCAUCGGGACCAUUACCGCAGCCUCAGCGAGUGUCUGAUGACUCUCUGGCCGCAUAUCUUUGACGAUGCGCUCAGCAAGGGUGAGCUGACAGACACUAGCAACCGUGAAAAGUGGGACAUUGUCAAAGAGAAGAAUACGCUGCUGGAGAUUCUGGAGCAGUACAAGGAGAAGCUGUACUACGACUAUGUCGAUGUUGCCGAUGAGCAACAGCCGGAUCUGUUCGACAAGCUGGCUGAGCUGGCGCGGAGGGCGCAGGCUGACAACGAGCCGGGCCAGGAGCACUUGCAGAAGCAUGCAAAGGAGAAGGUCAAGAUCACGCUUGAGGAGUUCAAGCUGCGGUACGUGAUUGUCAGCAAGGAUGCAAAGCCCACGUAUGAGUUCCCGGAGGACAGCCUCCGGCGCGGAUCAAACAUGCAUAGCACCUUCCAGCAGCUGCGCAUGGCGAAAAACACCAUGUAUACGAUGCGCCAGGGCUGGUCGUGCCUGGCGGACGAGUCGAACCCAGUAACCACGCAUCUCCAGCUCUCAGAUGACGGCAUGCCUGUCAAGGUGCCGGUUUCCGCAUACACCCCAAGGCUGAGCAUCUAUCCGGUUGUGCGCAUCCUGAAUGCCAGGCUGGUCUCCAACCCAGUGCUGGUCAUUGGCAGGCUAUGCAUGGAUCGAUACGUCUCUAGCACUCGCCUGCGGGCGAUAAUUACCAAUCUGUACGACGAGUCCCUCGCCAACAAGCUCCUGCUGCCGGACAAGUACGUGUCGGAGCUGCUUGCGAGCAACGCAAUGUCGGUCGGGCUAGCCAAGCUUCCGAUAACUUGGCCGUCCGAGACACAGGCGGAAUCCAGUGUGGGCAGCACCGUCGUCGUGCAUGAGACGUCGGGGGCUACCCGCGUUGGCGCUGCAGAAGCCCGGCCCGGAACGCACACAGCUGGUGAGGGCGGCAUCGAGCGCAGGGCUCCUGGCCGCGGAUUUGCCAUCUCCGAACGAUUCGCCACAGGGCCGCAGCAGCUGCCUGAGCUGUCGACGGCUGACCACCAUUGGGCACCAGCGGACUCGGCGUACUCGCUGUCAUUGUUUGCCCAAGGCCGGCUGUGGCUGCGGCCAGUAUAUUCGGCCAAACCCGACGCGCCGUUUGGUCCGAUGGCAGGGUUCCAGCGCCGUCUAAAUCUACACGUUGCAUCUCCCAUGGACGUCGAUGGUGACCAGCAGCAUGGGGGCAAUCUUGCGCUGUCGCCAGAGAUCCUGGAAAAGGUUCUCUCGGCGCUGGCCAUGCUCGUGCAUGAAACUGGCGCCAUGGGUGUGGCCUUGGGCGAGCUGCAGAGCCUCAUCAGCAGGAUGUUUGAGAAAACGACCAUGGAUAUGCCAGAGCACCUGCGGACCAUUUUGCAGUCACGCUCUGCGCUCCAGACACUGGUUGGCAUGCUGGUUAGCAGCAAGCGACUGGUGGUGGUGGGCUGCACCGACCAGCGGUAUGUCUCGGAAAGAUACUAUCAGGCCCAGUGGAUGACGACUGUCGGCGACCCGCCACUCAAACUCGUGCCGUAUCUCGGCCAGAGCCUCAAUGGCAGCGCCAACAUGGCAUUGCUCUUGAAUAUGAUUCUCGAGCACCCCGGGAUCUCGCAGACCAACCUGAUGCGGCGUCAUUUCGCGCCACAUGUGGCGAAGGCCGAGAUCCAGCGGUUCCUGGAUAUUCUGUGCUCUCACAAAAUCAUCGACAAGCGCGAAUCAGAGGUGCCGGCCAACUCGGGUGUGUAUAUUACGACUUACAGGGCACGCCUCGACUACUACUCGAAGCUGCGGCAGCUGUCUCGGUCGCUGGGCGACCUGCUGCCUCUAGACUCUUGAACUUGUGUGUCUUUUUUGAAUACCCAGCCCAGCAGCCUGGAGUUAAUCUAGCUGGGGCUACUGUCUAUUGCUUCUUGGAAGCAAGAAAUAACGAAAUGGUGGGGAGGGAGCGCUUUGCUUUCCUUCUGGGAACUGCAGAGCCAGCUCAACAUUUGCCUACUUUCCUCCUCCCUCCCUCCUCCCCGUGAAUGGACAAUAUAUUUGCGACAAAUUU